UUGGACAGAGUGUUCAUAUCUCGGAGACUGAAUUCUUCUAGACAGUUCAUAUUUCACAUUUAUUAUUAACAAUAUUUUCAAAGACAUUUUGCUUAUGCUAAGAAGGUUAAAAGUGUUGAAUUAAUAAUGGUGCGGCAGAGAUACGAAAUGAUGGACAGUAGGUGGCAGGACGACUAUGCUCGUACAGGUGGCGCUGUUAAACGAUACGAAGUUGGCAGACAGUCACUAAAGGCUCUUCAGUCGUCUGCAAAAGUCAAAAAUAUCAGAGUUUACAAAAACGGUGCACAAACAAAAUCUGAUCCACCUUGUAUUGUAUCAUUUAAAUCCAAAAAAUAUCCUAGUUUUGAUAAACUUCUCGAAGAAAUUUCAGAUCGGAAGAGGACUUCAGCUAACUUUUUAUUUAAGUGGCCGUUAGCAGAGAUGGUUCGCGAUCUGUGCGAUAUUGACGAUACUACGGAUAUCCUCGUUUGCUCAGACAAAAAAAAACUGAACAUAGAUAUAUGUUACGGGGGUAUUAGUUAUGGCGCCACCAACGGCGAUAGGUCUGCACUUACUGAAAAGAGUAGUCGCAACAGCCAUGGAAGCAGGGGAAUGAAGCAAUCGCCGACAGCACGCAUGUCAAAUGCGUCCCUGAACGGCGGAGGUAAGGUGAAAACCACCUUGAAUGUUAUAUCCAACAAGACGGGAGAGCGGAUAAAUCUUUUUAAAGAUCCUAACAGUAAGCAGUCGUUCGAGGAUUUUCUUAUGACCAUCCAGGAAAUGCUUGACCCCUACCACCCGCCAGUACACACACUGUACAUUAUGAACAAACCACAAAGAAAGAUAAAUAGUAUAAGCAGUUUAAACAGAGCACUGCAAUCAGACGAAGACACGUUUUUGGCAUGCGGAAAGAAUGAAGAACCAGAUCAAAAAAUGUUACGGUCACGUGAUACUUCGCCCAUGCGCAAUGGCAACCAGCAACGACAGAAAAAUGGUAAUAAGCAGAAUGGAUAUCAUGAAGACCGAACGCGACAGAAUAACGGCCAUGCAACACACCAGGAAAGGCACAUGGAUUCUCAUGGGCGUUCUUACCAGCGACAUCGUGACGAGGAAGAUUACGAGGACGACACAGAACAAGAGGAAUACGACCAAGAGCCGUCAUCUCCGCCACCAAGACGAGGCGGGCGUUAUCAAGACCAAUCUCCUAAACGCGACAGUCGGCAACCACCUUACCGACAGAGCCAGAGGCGAGAUGAAGAGGACCAGUCCCCGCGUUAUCAAGACCAGUCACCUAAACGCGACAGUCGGCAGCCACCUUACCGACAGAGCCAGAGGCGAGAUGAAGAGGACCAGUCUCCGCUUCGAGAUAACCGACAGGCUCCAAAGCGUCGUUCACAAAGAAAAGACGACGACGAAGAAGAAGAAGACACGCCUCGCCGGGGCAACAGACGUGAAAGUGAACGACAAAAGCCGAAGCGUCAACAGACACCACCAAGAAGAGACGAAACUUCUCGCGGGAAGACGCGUGAUGAUACAGAUAAUGAUGACAAUAAUGAUGAUGACAAUGAUGAUGAGGACAGAGAAAGAGAUCACCCAAGUGAAGAGGAGAUGCAAAGAAGAAUAGAUGCAAUGGAAACAAUUGAUCAAGGUGAAUUGGACAAGAAGAUACAUUACUAAGCAUUAAUUACUAAACAUCGCUUUUUGAAAACGAACUACACUUUACAGUAAGACUCGUGAACACUAAACGUUAACCAGAAAGUGAAAAGGAAAAUAAAGCAAACAGGUAAAGUGCUCAAAAUUUUACUCGAAAUGAAUUAAACCAUUUUAACAGCAGUAGUGAUCGUUUCUGCAUGUUUAAGGUCAUAUUUAAAAAUCAAUUCUACAAUGCUCAGAACUAUUUCAAUUGGUCAUUUUGGUCUGACAUGGUUCUUAUUGAUAAGUGGAAAGGUCGUAUUUAAACAAUGUUUUCAACUACAAUAAUAAACAACAGUUAUAAACAAUGAAUGCUUUGAUUCAGCCACUGAUGUGCUUGUUAUGUUCUAUUUAACCAUAUAAACAUAGUUACUUGUAGAUAAUUUGUUUCAUUGUUAUAGACUGCAAUUAAUAUUUGUAAAUACUAUAUAUUUUUUCAUUCAUCUGUGAUAAAAUUGAUAAAAACGUAUCUGGUGUGAAUAAUUAAUAUUUAGUAUGCGUGCGGGCAUGCCUGUUGAUGAACAUCACAUUUUAUUUAAAUUUAGCAACUUUAAAAAUGAAAUAAUGAAACAGUUUACAAGUACACACAACUGAGUACCUGUAUCUCGAACUCCAAGGAAUCGAGCGUUAUAUUUCGAGUUAACCGAAUUUCGACUUUAAGUGAUAUUUUGGCAAUAUGUUCCUGGUAAUGUCUUAAAAAUGUCUUCGAGAUAGCCGGAAUUUUGAGAUAAGCGAGUCCGAGUUAUCAAGUUUCAACACAUUUCUAAUGCGUAACAAAAAUUGGCGGGCUUGUAAUAUAUGUUUUAAUAGCAAACGAAAGUUUCUUUUUAUACGCCUGUUUUUAAAAUUGCGGGGCGUAUUAUGUGAACACCCAUGGCGGGCGGGCGGGCGGGCGGUCGGCGUCCAAAAGCAUGUCCGCUCUCAAAGUCAAACUGUUUUCAUCCGAUCUUCAUCAAACUUGGUGACAAUGUUUGUGGGCAUAAUAUAUCGGCCAAGUUCGAUAACCAGCAAAAUCCCCCAGGCUGUCUUGAGUUAUGGCCCUUGAUUUACUCAAAAUCUGCAAAUUUAGCCUUGUCCGCUCCAUAAGUCAAACAGUUUUCAGCUGAUCUUCCACAAACUUGCAGAUUAUGGGCAUAAUAUCUCGGCCAAGUUCGAAUACCAGCAAAAUCACCACACCACUCUCUGAUUAUGGCCCUUGAAUUAUUUGAAAUAAUGCGAAUUUAGCCUUGUCCGCUCUCUAAGUCGAACAGUUUUCAUCCGAUCGUCACCAAACUUUGUGACAAUGUGGGCAUAAUAUCUCAGCCAAGUUCGAUGACCAGCAAACUCCCCCUAGGCACUCUUGAGUUAUGGCCCUUGAAUUACUUGAAAUAUUGCGAAUUUAGCAUUGUCCGCUCCCUAAGUCAAACAGUUUUCAGCUGAUCUUCCACAAACUUGCAGAUUAUGGGCAUAAUAUCUCGGCCAAGUUCGAUUACCAGCAAAAUCCCCUAUGCACUCUUGAGUAAUGGCCCUUGAAUUACUCGAAAAUCUGCAAAUUUAACCUUGUCCGCCCUCUAAAUCGAACAGUUUUUAUCCGAUCUUCACCAAACUUGGUGUCAAGUUUUGUUGGCAUAAUAUCUCAGCCAAGUUCGAUAACCAGCAAAAUCACCACAGCCACUCUCUGAUUAUGGCCCUUGAAUUAUUUGAAAUAUUGCGAAUUUAGCCUUGUCCGCUCUCUAAGUCGAACAGUUUUCAUCCGAUCGUCACCAAACUUUGUGACAAUGUGGGCAUAAUAUCUCAGCCAAGUUCGAUGACCAGCAAACUCCCCCUAGGCACUCUUGAGUUAUGGCCCUUGAAUUACUUGAAAUAUUGCGAAUUUAGCAUUGUCCGCUCCCUAAGUCAAACAGUUUUCAGCUGAUCUUCCACAAACUUGCAGAUUAUGGGCAUGAUAUUUCGGCCAAGUCCGAUUACCAGCAAAAUCCCCAGGCACUCUUGAGUAAUGGCCCUUGAAUUACUCGAAAAUCUGCAAAUUUAGCCUUGUCCGCCCUCUAAAUCGAAGUUUUUAUCCGAUCUUCACCAAACUUGGUGUCAAGUUUUGUUGGCAUAAUAUCUCAGCCAAGUUCGAUAACCAGUAAAAUUUCCACAGCCACUCUCUGAUUAUGGCCCUUGAAUUAUUUGAAAUAAUGCGAAUUUAGCAUUGUCCGCUCUCUAAGUCGAACAGUUUUCAUCCGAUCGUCACCAAACUUACUGACAAUGUUUAUUGCCAAAAUAUCUCGGCCAAGUUCGAUAACCAGUCAUUCUUAGAUUACGGCCCAUAAAUUAGGCUAAAUUCGAUGACGGGCGUAUUUUGUGACAUUCUGCCACUCUUGUUUAUGACUUAAUGCGGCCUUAAUCUAUUUUUACUUUUGAGGUAUAAUUAAAUGAAAGUAUUCUCUAAAUUCCGGCAAAAAUGACAGCAAGGACGGGACGCUUGAUUUAUCUUGCAUUUUUUUAGUACCAAGGGUGAUAUAAAGAAAAAUAUUUCCCUUUCUUUAAUAAUUGUAAAUAUGUUUUAGUUUACGUUUAUUUGGUUAUUCCAUUUUAGGAUUCUAGAAUAAAAUUUUCUAUUAUUUGUACGAAUGUAGAGCAGGAUGCCUAACCUCUUGAUAUAACAUUUAUUGCUUAUUAGAUUUGAACCGAGAAAUAUGCACGAGUAUUGCGCGACAUUGAGAAAGAACGAAUGCGUAUUUCCCGAUGCAAAUCUCAUGAUAUUUUCAUUACAUUGUAUAUGCACUUAAUUACUAUCAUAUGAAUAAUAAGUAUACAAGUUUGUUAUUCAGCCUGGGUUACAUUGAAACUAUUGUCGUUAAUGACCGUUUUAACACGAGACUGACGUAACAAAUAAUGCCGUGCACCUGCUACAAAACUGAACGUCAGUAUGGGGCAAAACAUAUGGACCUUUGAUGUUCUUUGUAACGUAACAGAGUUUGUAAAGGCGGAUAAAAGUCCUUUCGAUUUUAACGUAAAAGACAAAAUACUAUUCUUACAGAUCAGUCAGAGAGCUGCAUUUUCAAGUACUGUUUUUUUCAAACAAGGCAUUUUUACAACGACCAUAUUGAGACUUUAUAAGAAAAUAUCGUUUAUCAACACAGAAAUCAGAUAAAGUUUUUCUUAACCACGCGUUUCCUAGUAGAUGCUACAAACUACAAAAGUGCAAAAUUUUAUUAAUACGUUGAAAUGAUUUAAAACUUUAGUUUUAUUUCAAGGUUUUAAAACAGGGAGUCUAUGAUAAAGCCAGAGUUAAAUAUAGCGAUAACCCAAGAGAAAUUGGCCGAAACCGCUCAUCAUCUUUCAAAAUAUAUUUCAUGUUUAAUGGUUAGUGUUUUCCCCAUUAAAGAUGACUUUCUAAAAAUAGAAUUGAAGUUUCACAUUUUGCAUAAAAAAUGAAAAAGAGAAUUUCCGGUGUGGUAAUAAAAGAAUAAGCUUAGUGAAAAUAAACCGUUUGUCCUUACACAAACACGACCAUUAAUUCAAUUUACGUCCUUGCAAAAUAGUUAAACAUUCAUAUAUACAGCAGGUACAUGGGUUUUCCUCAAGACUUUCGAUCGGUACUAGGUGCUUUCCUAAUGUUAGGGCUACCGAGCACGUACAUCACUUUCUUUACUAUUGAACGAUCAAUGUACAGAACAUAAAACUGUUGGAAAUAUUUGAUAUGUAUGAACAAUUUGUGUAACGUCUUUGUCGCCGCUAGUUUUCGUGAAUAGUACCAUUUUGUGGUAAUUGAAAUAGGUCUAAUUUGUUUGUAAUGUGUCAUGUUACAUGACUGUGAGGAAAACCCUGUCUCAAAACAUGUAUACAAGUGCAGCUCUUUUCGCUUUUAAAAUGGUUGUAUGCGUUAUGCGAAAUGUCGAAUUUUUCUGGAGGUAUAUUUUGCUAGAAUGAGGAGGUGAUAAGUAUAUUAUAUGACUUUGUGUCAUGUUAGACGUUGUCCAUUCUUAUCCUUCAGAGAUUCGUCAUAGGUCCGAGACCAUGCUAGACCUCUGGUGUGUGCGAGAAUGGACGCUGUCAUGUUCCCAGGUAGCCCAUUUUUUUCGGGCUAUCCGUAGUUUUAUGUACAUCGUUAAGCUGCUAUUGGGAUAGAAGGCGCCUAAGUUGAAGAUAAAAGGUUCUGUUAUGACAUGUGUUUAAUAUAGAAUAUAAUUAUGAUAUAUAAUAUGACCAGGAAUAAACAACUCGAUACUUUUUUUAAUAGAACGAUUUACGAAAACGAACUCUUUAACUUCAACUUAGGCGCAUUUCGCUUUAACGCGUAUAGAAAUCAAAAUAUUUUUGCGUAUAAAUUGAAAGGGGAGAAACUGUGUUCGAUUUAUUCUCUAUGUAUUGUUCUGGUUAUGCAUAAACUACAUAGUUGCUUUAGUUGCGACACGCAAAUAAUUAGGUAAAUGGCCUUUUCUUGCCUUCUGUACUUUCAUGAAAUCUUAUUUGUUUAAUCAGAUAUUUAAACUGUGAUUACUAUACAUUUAUUGUUUAAGACUUUACAACAGCAGUUUUGUUAGCAUCAGUCAAAUUCCUUGGUCGAAAAUGUCUUGAACUUUUUUUAUGUAAGUGCCUUUGAAGUUAUUUACCUGCAGUGUGCACCAUCAGAGAUAAAAUGAAUCAAACUUUCUUCUGUAAAACAAAGAAAUAUCUAUGUUUGUCGAGUUGCUGUAAAUGUUAAGACAAGCUGUGUUUCUCAAAUACUCGUUCAUUAUAAUUUGAACCAAGGAAAUUCUUUACUUUUAAUGUUUAUUGUUGAUUUUUCUAUACAGAGAUCCGUCCUAAGAUCGUUUAUAAAUUUAUAGUUAUCAUUUUUGUUAUAUUUUUACAUAUUUAUUGAUGUAAUUAUAUUGUGUUGUACAUUCAGAUAUAUAUUCCAAACCUCUUCUGUUCUGUGUAAAUAAAGAGACAUUGUCUAUUC